AAGGGUAUAGAUAUCGUGAAUCCACCAUGAGAGUACCUUCGAGGUCCAGCGAAGAUGCAGCAGUUGCUGGUUUCAAAGAUGCGGAUACCCUCUUCCGGACGAAACCGAUCUCCGAAAUCCGCAAUGUGGAGAAGGCCACAAAGAAGGAGAUCGAAGAGAAGAAAGAAGAGCUUCGACAACUCGUUGGUAAUAGAUACCGAGAUCUCAUCGAUUCUGCAGAUUCCAUUGUUCAGAUGAAAUCGUCCUGCGAAUCUAUCUCUGUCAACAUUACAACGAUCGAUAAUGGAAUCCGUUCACUCUCGGCUGCCUCCAUUGCUGGAUCUCCCAAAUUAACUCCUGAUCCUUCAAGGCUUCGGAUCUACGGGGUCGCCAGUCGUGUGAAGUACCUUGUCGACACGCCGGAGAAUAUCUGGGGUUGCCUUGACGAGUCAAUGUUUGUGGAGGCUGCGAAUAGGUAUCUCAGGGCCAGAGAGGUUCAUGAACUGUUAGUUAGCAGACGUCCCGACAAGGAUUUCUUAUCCAAUUUUCCUCUGCUUCAACACCAGUGGCAAAUUGUUGAGAGCUUCAAGGGCCAGAUUUCGCAGAGGAGUCGGGAGAAAUUAAUGGAUCGGGGGCUUGGCACUGUAUCCUAUGUGGACGCGCUGGCUGCCGUCGCCGUCAUUGAUGAGCUGGAUCCCAAGCAGGUUUUGAGUUUGUUUUUGGAUUCAAGGAGGUCUUGGAUAUCUCAGAAACUAUUUACUUGUGGAUCUGGACCUUGUGACUAUAGUUAUGUUAUUUCGGUCUACUGUGAUGUAUUGAGGAUCAUUCAGCUUAGUCUUGGACAAGUUGGAGAAUUAUUUCUGCAGGUCUUGAAUGACAUGCCUUUCUUUUACAAGACUAUACUGAGUACCCCACCAAGUUCGCAACUUUUCGGGGGAAUCCCGAAUCCUGAGGAUGAGGUUAGGUUAUGGAAACAAUUCAGAGAGAGAUUAGAGGCUGCUAUGGUUAUGCUUGACAGGGAUUUCAUUGCUCAAACUUGUUCCAAUUGGUUGAAGAAUUGUGGUGAAGAGAUUGUUAGGAUGAUAAAUGGAAGGUAUUUGAUUGAUAUAAUCGUGAGCGGCAAAGAGCUUGCAUCGGCCGAGAUGGACAUUCGAGAGACUUUGGAUAGUCCGGAAGCAUUGGAGGGGAGUUUAGAAUGGCUGAGGAGUGUUUUUGGUUCCGAGAUUGAGUCACCUUGGAAGAGUAUCUGGGAGCUUCUUAUAGGAAAUGAUGAAAACCUCUGGGAUGGGAUUUUUGAGGAUGCUUUUGUUCGGAGGAUGGAAAGGAUUAUUGACUUAGGUUUUGAGGAUUUGAGCAGAGUUAUCAAUGUGAGUGAUUCAAUUAGGGCAAUUGUGGCAAGUAAUGGAAACCAGAUUGAUUUCCAGGCAUACUUGAACAGACCUUCCACAGGUGGUGGAGUAUGGUUCUCAGAGCCAAAAGUUAAAAAGACGGGCCUGGGAUUUGACUUCAAGGCCAUGAAGGAAGAGUAUGAUUUCCAAAGUUACUUAAAUAACUAUCUUGGACCUGAAGUUAGCCGAAUUAGAGAUGCCGUUGACAGUAGAUGCCAGAGUGUUUUGGAAGACCUGCUGUGCUUCUUAGAGUCUCCUAAGGCAACUACGAGAUUGAAGGAACUAGCACCAUAUUUACAAAAUAAGUGUCAUGGAAGUGUAUUGAGCAUACUAAAGGGACUUGAAAAUGAGCUCGAAUACUUGUCUACUGCUCUGGACAAUGACCAAAAGGAGAAAGACAUUGAGCCUCCUGCCAUAGUUGUUGAGAGAUCUCUGUUCAUUGGACGACUCUUAUUUGCAUUGCAAAAUCACUCAAGUUGCGUACCACUAAUAUUGGGUUCUCCAAGUUUAUGGAUGAAAGAUACUGCAGCUGUGGUGUUUGAUAAGUUACCGUCAAAGCUGAGGCACACCAGUUUGUCCCUUGAUUCUCCUAUUCGUGGCUACAGCAGAAGACAAAUGCUUGAUAGCCCGAGAAGACAAACUUCGUUGGUAGCUUCAGCCUUGUUUGGAAUGAAUGAUAAUUACAGUCCAAGACUUGAAGAACUUAGCAGGGUUUCACAAGAUCUUUGCAUUAGGGCUCACAGCUUCUGGAUAUCUUGGGUAUCCGAUGAGCUUUCUGUUAUUCUAUCCAGGGAUCUUAAAAGAGAUGAUGCAUUAUCUGCAAUGACAUCCUUGAGAGGCUGGGAAGAAAUUGUGGUAAAGCAAGAUCAUGCUAAUGAGGACCAGCCCGAGAUGAAAAUAUCACUUCCUUCCAUGCAGUCUCUCUAUGUCAUCUCUUUUCUUUUUCAAGCAUGUGAAGAAAUUCAUCGAGUUGGAGGUCAUGUUGUUGACAAGCUAAUGCUUCAAAAAUUUGCUUUGAGACUUUUGGAAAAGGUGGUUGAUGUGUAUGAGGACUUUCUUUCAACUUUAAAGUCUCACAGGCCUCAGGUGUCAGAGAAAGGAGUUCUGCAGAUGCUGUUGGACUUAAGAUUUACUGCUGAUAUUUUAUGUUCGGGUGAUCUCAACAUGAAUAAGGAGUUAUCAAAAACUUCAAAAUCAAAGAUUCCUAUGAGACAGAAGCUGGAUGCAAACCAGCCAAACUCUGUUAUUAGAGAACGUGUCAUGGGCUUGAUUAAUUCUCUCUCUCAAAUGCUGGAUCCAAUAGAUUGGCUUACGUAUGAGCCAUACCUUUGGGAGAAUGUGAAGCGGUCUUACCUGAGACAUGCUGUCCUUUUUGGGUUCUUUGUACAACUUAAUCGGGUGUAUACUGGUACAAUGCAGAAGUCUUCCUCCACCGAGUCAAACAUAAUGAGAUGUUCUACAGUUCCACGCUUCAAAUACCUUCCAAUCAGCGCACCAGCACUGUCUUCAAGAGGAAUAUCGAAAUCAUCUCUUCCAAUGACCUCUGUUGAUGUUGCUUCUCGAAGUUCUUGGAAGACAAUUUCGAGUGGAGAACUCUCUCCAAAGCUUGAUUUUGAUGAUAACUCGAGUUUUGGGGUUGCUACACCAUUUUUGAAAUCUUUCAUGCAGGUUGGUUCUAGAUUUGGGGAGAGCACAUUGAAACUGAGUUCCAUGCUUACUGAUGGCCAAGUUGGCAGGCUGAAAGACAGAUCAGCCGCUGCCAUGUUGACAUUUGGAGAUAUUAUACCUGUCCAAGCUGCAGGCCUUCUUUCCUCCUUUACAGCCGGAAGAUCUGACCCUUGAUUAUGGACAUUCAUAUUCUCUCCUUUUUCAGUAGGCUUAUCUCUGUAAUUUACUGAAGAUGGGACACGAUGGUUAUCUCCGUUGUCAGUUGGAAGAGGCAGAUUUUGCA